AUGCUGAUUCAUUUGUUUUAUUUACCGCCAGAUGAAAUAUUUGAUGGCCUCAAACGACUCUACGGCGACGAAUCGGACAACGAAAGUCUGCGUGCAGAAAUCCAAGAAAAGAUCAAACAACGGUUGGAUGUAGUCAAUGGCAUGUCUGGCAAUGCGAAAGAUACAAGCGAUAAUCUGGUCGUGGCUAUCAGAAACAUAAAUGACGCACAAGAGUGGGCCAAGAAGGUCGGCGUCGAUUUGGCAAAGCAGACAACUGUCGACCGGCUGCGCAGGUGCCACGAAGGUGAAAGUGAUGCACAGGAGGAAUUUGAGUCUGACGUUCUGGCGCUGGAAAGGUUGAAGGGAAUAAUCGCAAAACAGAACAUGCAGGAUGACUCGAGCGCCUCUUUGGUAGAUCUGCAACUCGCUGUUGGCGCGGCCUUCGAUAUAGCCGGCGAUCUCGCAGCGUUGACCGAGUACAUUACCAACAACACUGAGCCUGGGCCUGGGCCUCUUCUCAAUUUAGAGCAAAAUGAACUGCUGGAGAUGUGGAGUGAUCUGGCUGUUGAAGUUCAGAAGUUCAAAGACAACUUUAUUGGUGCAGAGAGGGAGCGUGGCAGGUUUGAUCGGUAA